CUUCUCUCGUCUCACAUCUCUUCAUCUCUUCUCCAGAAACAAUGAACCAACAAACGAAAAGAAGAAAGGAAGAAAAAAAAAUCCCUAGCUCCUCUCCUCCUACUCGAUUCUUCUUCUGCCUCUCACCCUCUAUUUAUCGUCCAUCUCGUCGCCGGCGAGUAACUCGGAGGAAGGAAGAAACCCCUUCUCUCGUCUCUCUCCAGAGUUACAGAGGAUGGGGGAAGAAAGGGGGCCGCCACCGGCAGCCUUGGGUUCCACCGGCGGCGAAGACGACGAUGAUAUAAGGGAAACCCUUUUCGGUGUAAGAAAGGAAGAAGAAUGUUUGCUGUAGGGUUGCCGCCGCCCUCUGGAUGCUUUCGUCUGUUUUUGCGAGGAAUGGGAAAUGGAAGUGCAGGGAAGAAGAUGAAGAAGAAGAAGAAGAAGAAGAAGAAGAAGUGACAAAGUGGUUCCCUGUUUCUGUCUAUUGCCUCUAGCAAGAACAAGGAAGAAGAAGAAGAAGAAAGAAAGAAAGAAAGUCUAGAAGUGGAAGAGUAGAAGCUCGUUUUUUCUCUCCCCCUUUUGCAAGAGCAGAUGUGUUCUUUUUUUAUAAGAAAAGGGAGCUUGUUCCCCAAGUUUGCAACAGUACUGGUUUGGUUUUGGGUUGAACCGGUCUGGUUGUGUCAGAGCUGACCAGAUUGACUUUGUUGACUUGAUUGGACUUUUGUUGACUGUGACUUUAACAGAGUUGACUUUCGUUGACUUUUGGUAUAGGCUCUGACUUCUCC